UGUACCAUUGUUCGAAAUCGUCGCAAGCUGAGGGGACGAAAUGAGCAGACCGUGAGAACAUGCUAGCAAGCUGAAUGGUGGAGUAAGAUGUAUGUAUAGUGGUUUACAGCUCUUGCUCGUUUGGUUCGUGAGGGUGAUCAGCCAUUCGAGGGGCUGAUACACAUAUUACACUCUCCCUUGCAAGAGCUGAUGACCGAUAUGAAUACCUGAAUGCCAUUGGCACCUGUUGCCUUGGGGCUGAUAUGAAACCUCAGCCUUGCCGUUCCGAUCGUGACGCAGAAUACGCGGCUGUUGUAUGCAUAUACUGUUAUUCUAGCUGAGCUUUCCCGUAUAUCUUGUGUCUUUCUCUUUCUUUUAUCGCAUGUCUCCAGAAUUCACCAAGCUGUCAGGAACUCAUCUCUAAUUGUGUUCGAGCCAUGGGUGUCUCCAGCCAGAGCAAACCUGAACCUUACACAUACACGCCAGGCCUUCCACAACGCGCCCUCAUAGCAGUUUUCCAUGGAGUGAAUAAUAUCAUACCAUGGCAUAAGCUGCCUACCUGGAUCGGUGUCCUCAAUGUCGCCGCCUUCCGCUACGAGCUACGCCAAAAGAACCUGCACGAUGUAUACCCCUCUCCUAAUGAUCAAGGUACUCUUGGAUGUCCACAUCUGUCUGAUGAGCAGUAUUUGCAUACUCGCCACUCAGAUGGUUUGUUCAACGAUCUCUCGGCACCAAAAAUGGGAUGUACAGGUAUGCGAUUCGGCCGCAAUGUACCUCGCGAACACACCGCAAAGCCAAGCGAGGAGGAACUCAUGACACCAAACCCACGACUCAUCAGUGAGCAGCUACUGAAGAGGGACAACUUCAAACCUGCAACCAGUCUGAACCUGCUAGCUGCGGCGUGGAUCCAGUUCCAAGUCCACGACUGGUUUCAGCAUGAGAAUUCCGCCUCGGAAACGUACACUGUCCCGCUUCCUGAGGGUGACAAGUGGAGUUCGCCAGACGGCAGGAUGAAGAUUGAACAGACCCAGCCGGAUGCCGUGUUAGAUAAAACGGACAAAACAGCUCCAGCAUACAGAAAUGUCAACACACACUGGUGGGACGGCAGUCAGAUCUACGGCAGCACCGAACUCCGCACAACCGAACUACGCGGGCAGAGCAAAAACGGCAAACUCACUGUCGAUACCCAGAAGAUUGCUACCUUCCUCCCCCGCGACUCGAACGGAAUUCCUCAAACAGGCUUCAUGACAAACUGGUGGCUAGGUUUAGAGAUGCUACACACGCUCUUUGUCCUCGAGCACAACACCAUCUGCGACGCCCUUGUCACUGCCUAUCCCUCCUGGAGCAGUGAGCGCAUUUUCGACACAGCCCGCCUAGUUAACUGCGCACUGAUGGCCAAGAUACACACGGUGGAAUGGACACCAGCCAUCCUCGCGCAUCCCGUCCUUGAGAUAAGCAUGAACGCAAACUGGUGGGGUGUCCUAGGCGAGCGACUGUACAAGCUACUCGGCCGCGUAUCCGCCACUUCAGAAGCCAUUUCUGGAAUCCCAGGGUCGAGCGUAGAGCAUCAUGCUGCCCCGUAUGCGCUUACCGAGGAGUUUGUAAGCGUGUAUCGUAUGCACGCCCUCAUACCUGACACGAUCGCUUUCUUCAACUCCAGGACUGGGGAGCACAAGACCACACAUUCCAUUGGCGAUGUCGCCUUUGAGAAAGCCAGAGCGCCUUUGGAGAACGAUGGUCUGGAUUUCUCAGACGUGUUCUAUAGCUUCGGGGUCAACUACCCGGGUGCUAUUACGCUGAACAAUACACCAGACUUCCUACGCGAUUUGCACACUCCGGAUGGCCGACACAUUGAUCUUUCUACUAUUGAUGUCCUCAGGGAUAGGGAGAGAGGGGUUCCGCGUUACAACGCUUUUCGUCGGCUUUUCCACUUGGCACCUAUGACUUCCUUCCUCGAGCUCACAGGCGGCAACAAAGCUGUUGCGGAGAAGCUGGCGGUCAUAUACGAGGAUGAUAUUGAGAAGGUGGACUUACUGGUUGGUUGUCUUGCGGAGCCAUUACCGGCGGGCUUCGGAUUCAGCGAUACGGCAUUUCGGGUGUUUAUCCUCAUGGCGAGCAGGAGGUUGAAGAGCGAUCGAUUUAUUGCGGGCGAUUGGAAUGAAAAGACGUAUAGCAAGGUUGGUAUGCAGUGGGUACAGAAUGGGGGGAUGAAGGAUGUGUUGGGGAGACAUUUCCCAGAAUUAGAGAGCGUGUUGGCGAAGAGUGGAAAUCCUUUUGCGCCUUGGGCGAUGAAGGACGCGAGUAAGAAGUAUGAGGGGAAGGAGACUAACGCGUAGACUGGUGGUAAAAAAGCUGGGCUAAGAAUUGCGCUUCACCAGUAGUCUCCAGUCGUAUUAUCAAACCCUUUCUCGCCAGCAGUGCAUUUGAACAAACUGCCAGAUGUUUCUACGACCAAUUCAUGACGAGGGCAGGCCCGGGUUGUCACCGUUAGUUGUGUUUCUUCGGUAAAGCGUAUGAUGAACCGCCUACUCGGGAUCUUGCUGCUCUUUAAUACAUGUUGCUUGUGGGAUGCUGAAGGAGACUGAAAUUGCUUUUGUGAAUUGUGUGUGGGUAGCGAACCAAGAUGAUGGAACGGGCUGGACCAAGGGUUAAGUGAGGACUGAUCGGUAUAGCCAUACUUGAGCAUCGUCAGGAAUGUGCGCUCUUGGUAUUGUCCUCGUCUAGCGUCGAGUUACAGGGGC